AUGCAUCAUAACAAUGCUGAGCGAUUGCCGGAAGCUUUUCAGUUCGUUGCUUAUGCAGCUUGGCAUCCUAAAAACCGCCUUUCUAAACAACAACGCCAAGCAGAAAGUCGGAUACCGUACUGGAAACAUCGCAAAGUGGGAAAAGUCGAUGCAGGAGAGGAUGCCUUUUUUAAUACCUGUACUUCAUACGGAUUGGCACUUGGUGUCGCCGAUGGUGUGGGUGGCUGGGCCGACGUGGGCGUGGAUCCUGCGCUUUUUUCAUGGACAUUGAUGAACAAUGCCGCGAUGGUCGCGAAAAAGCAACCUUCCAUUGAUGCGUGCCAGAUCCUGGAUACGGCGUUUCACCAAUUACGAUACAGCGGCAAGGUCAAAGCGGGCAGUAGCACGGCGUGUAUUCUGAGUCUUUGCAAACGAACGGGAAAAAUGACGACCUGUAAUCUGGGAGACAGUGCCUUUUACUUGAUACGGGACAGCAAAAUCAUUUAUAAAAGUCCUAGUCAGCAGCAUUACUUCAAUUGCCCAUAUCAGCUGACAGUUGUACCAGAGCAAUAUCCAGACUAUGAUGGAUUCGUGACGGAUUUGCCCAAACAAGGGAAUCAGAAAUCGUUUCAUGUCAAGGAAAACGAUAUUAUCGUGUUGGCGACGGAUGGCUAUUUUGACAAUGUCUAUCCUCAUGAAACCUUGGCUUUGGUGAAUGCAAGCGUGGCCUCCUUUGUAGAUAAAGACGAAGAUGGGGUUGCCACAGGGGUACGAUUACUCGCCAAGACGCUCAGUGAUACCGCUCGACGGUUAAGUUUAGAUCCGAAACGAUUAAGCCCUUGGGCUAAAGAUGCACAAAUGCAUGGAAGUAACUAUUACGGUGGUAAAAUUGACGAUAUCACCUGUAUUGUGACAUUUGUCCGAGGAGUCGACAAAUGA